UUUGCAAAAUGUCAGACGGAGAAUUCACCAAUGAAGAAUAUCUACUGGAUCCGCAAACAAGUAAGCAAAUUAGCUAAAUGUUAAUUAUGAAUAUGAAAUAUUUUUUAUUUUAUUUUUGAUCUUAGGCACUGAUGAAGACGAAAGCUUGGAUGAUGGCGUGAAGCAGAAAACAGGAAAAAAGAUUCUCGAUGAUACUAAGUUCAUUGAGAUAAUGAUCAUCCACGGAAAAGUGCUGCUUGAGAAAUCACAAGCACCACCUAUAAAGGAAAAGAAGAAAAAUGCUGCUAAGGACAUGUGUAUACAACUGCUUAUACAACAUGGCAUAGAUAUGACGCCGAAGCAGGUCAUGAAAAAGAUCAACAACCUAAAAGCAAGGAUCAAGGCAAAAACUGACCGGAAGCAAACCGGCAAUCGGAAAAUCAAUUUAAAUGGGCCUGAAAGAAAGUUUUUCGAUCUGAUGGGAGGUGUUGACAAUCCGAGCGUGAGCAAGCGUCCCUAUGGUGUCGCUGUUGGAUCAUCUGGUAGGCAGCAAGAUACGGCUCUUGAAGAGGACGAAGGACAAAGUGCGGUUAACGAGGAAGCCAACAAUGAAACUGCAAACAUUUCUGUGGAUCAGCUCAACAGACAAAGCGAUGUUAGACAAACUGUCAAUCAAAAAACGAUCCUGGAAGAGCAGCUGAACCUGAUUAAGGCUCAACAAGCGUAUACGGCACAGCUUCAGGCGCAACAAGAUGAGCGUCACGAGAAGGAAAUGGAGUUGCUGAUGCUGAAACGCAAGUUGACUUUAUUGAAAAUACAGCAGCUUGAAAACGAGGAUUGAUAAUUUUUUUCCAGGCUUUACUAUCAAAUAUAUUGGAUGCGAUAUUCUUCAGCAAUAAUAGAGACAAAUCACUAAUAAAAUACAAAAUUUAAUAUUCAAUUUGAUUUUUUUUAAAUAAAACUA